AACUCCCCUCUGUCUUUCUCUACAAAUGAAGCAAAGGAAAGGUAGAAAUGUGAUUUUGUUCUUUUUUGUCUUUAUUGUCAGAGUCACAGGUGUCUUUCUUUUCUGAGAUCUUCCUCUUUCGGUACUACGUAUUUCACGAUUCGUUUCGUGCUCUUCUCGACUAUUCCCCUCUGUUCCUGUAAAAACUGUCUCAUUUGCUCGCUAAACUCUCAGUUUUCCCAUGGAGUCUCUGACACUCGGUCGUGUACUCUCUUGCAAAUUAUCCACCAAUAUAUCUCGUAAAGUUUGCAGUUUUAUGCCGAGUAAGCAACUGGGUUUUGGUCAUUUUUUGAGAAGGAGUUUUAAAAAUGUGAAGUUGACGGUUGUAAAAUCGGAGGAAAGUGGAAAUGGAGGUGAGUUUGGCGGUUUAGCCGACGGCUCUAAUUCCAAUGCUGUUGAAGAAGAAGAAGAAGAAGAAGAAAAGAAAGAAGACGAAAAGGAAAAGCGUGGUCUUAUGCUGGGAAUAGACAGGGAUGACUCUGGCUCUGUUAUUGGCUUGCACUUGAUUCCUCCUUCUGGUGACUAUGAAGUCAUUGACUCUCAUGAAGAUGUGACGACUGAUACCAAAGAAAAAGAUGGGGAAAUUGAAGAAGAAAAACCCCAAACCAGAAUAACCUACAAUAUUGUUUUUGUUACUGCUGAAGCUGCACCUUAUUCAAAGUCAGGUGGAUUAGGAGAUGUUUGUGGUUCUUUGCCCGUAGCACUGGCUGGCCGUGGACACCGAGUCAUGGUUGUCUCUCCUAGAUACCUGCAUGGUACCCCUGCAGACAAAAAUAUUGCAGGUGCUUUAGAUAUAGAUCGGCGCAUCAAGAUAUAUUGCUUUGGAGGAGAGCAAGAGGUUGCAUUCUUCCAUGAGUAUAGGGAGGGUGUUGAUUGGGUAUUUGUGGACCAUCCUUCUUACCAUAGACCUGGAAAUCCAUAUGGUGACAGUCAUGGUGCUUUUGGUGAUAACCAGUUUCGGUUUACUUUACUUUGCCAUGCAGCGUGUGAAGCUCCAUUAGUGCUUCCAUUGGGAGGGUAUACCUAUGGAGAGAAGUGUCUCUUCCUUGUCAAUGAUUGGCAUGCUGGUCUAGUGCCAGUGCUUUUGGCUUCCAAAUACCAUCCAUUUGGAGUUUAUAAGGAUGCUCGGAACAUCCUUAUAAUUCACAACCUUGCUCAUCAGGGAGUGGAACCUGCAGCAACCUUUAAGAAUUUGGGAUUGCCUUCAGAUUGGUAUGGGGCAUUGGAGUGGGUGUUUCCUACAUGGGCAAGGACACAUGCUCUUGACACAGGGGAAGCUGUCAAUAUUUUAAAGGGUGCAAUUGUGACUGCUGAUCGGAUACUUACAGUCAGCAAGGGCUAUGCAUGGGAAAUAACAACUGUUGAAGGUGGAUAUGGUUUACAUGAGCUAUUAAGCAGUCGAAGGAAUGUUCUGAAUGGCAUUGCGAAUGGCAUUGACAUUGCUGAAUGGGACCCAUCUUCAGACGAGCAUAUUGGUUUCCAUUACUCUGCUGAUGAUCUCUCUGGAAAGGUUCAAUGUAAGACUGCCCUACAAAAGGAACUAGCUCUUCCAAUUAGGCCUGAAUGCCCCUUGAUUGGAUUUAUUGGAAGACUGGACUACCAGAAAGGCAUUGACCUGAUCCGUUGGGCAACUCCAGAGCUUAUGGAAGAUGAUGUACAAUUCGUAAUGCUUGGCUCUGGGGACCCACUGUAUGAGGACUGGAUGAGAGCAGCAGAGACAACUUACAGAGAUAAAUUUAGGGGUUGGGUUGGAUUUAAUAUUCCGAUUUCUCAUAGGAUCACUGCAGGCUGUGAUAUACUGUUGAUGCCCUCAAGAUUUGAGCCCUGUGGAUUAAAUCAAUUGUAUGCAAUGAGAUAUGCAACCGUACCAGUAGUUCAUGCCACAGGAGGGCUUAGAGACACGGUAGAGAAUUUCAAUCCGUAUGCUGGAGGUGGUAAUGGUGAUGGCACAGGGUGGACUUUUUCUCCCCUUACAAAGGAAAGUAUGCUGGAGGCAUUAAGAAUGGCUAUACUGACCUACAGAGAACACAAGUUAACUUGGGAGGGAUUGAUGAGAAGAGGUUUGCAGAGAGACUGUACCUGGGAAAGUGCUGCCGUUCAAUAUGAGCAGGUUUUCGAAUGGGCCUCUAUUGAUCCACCUUACAUUAUGUGAGCCGAAAACAGAAGACAAAAUCACAGGAAAAACCCUCAAAAGUCCCAAGACAUUCUAAUACUCAAGCUCUCACGGGGGCUGUUCAUGGCUUAAUCAGAGGAAAAAUGACGUGCCAGUAUAGUGUUUUUUCUGGUCCACAUUCCCCUCUAGCUAUGAGCUUCCAUUACUGUUGCAUUGGUUAUUCUUUUUGCUGAAAGUAUAAUUUAGUUUGCAAAUGCACUUUUUUUAUUCUACAUAGCACAAAAUUACCGUUGUAAUAUCUAAUAUCUAUAAACAGAAUACUGAAGAAACUAUUGCUUUGUGAAAUGUUACCCAUACCAGACAGAAUUACCUUCAA